GCUCUUCGCCGAGAAGAUCAACAAGAACGAGCGGAAGGGCAAGGCGGAGAUCACGCUGCUCACCCAGGGCCAGGAGACCCCCGACUUUUGGGAGGUACUUGGGGGGCAGCCCGAGGAGAUCCGGCCUUGCGUCCCCGAUGACUUCCAGCCCCACAAGCCCAAGCUGUACAAGGUUCGGCCAGCGGGGCUGGGGUGGGGGAUGCUGGAGGGAUGUUUUCCAGCUGGGAAAGGCGGCGGGUGCCUGACCCCGCCUUGGUCCCCGUGGCCCCCUCAGCUGCAGAGCCUGCUGGACACCAAGAGCGUGUACAUCCUGGACUGCUGGUCCGACGUCUUCAUCUGGAUCGGGAGGAAGUCCCCGCGGCUGGUGCGGGCGGCGGCGCUGAAGCUGAGCCAGGAGCUCUGCGGGAUGUUGCACCGGCCCAAGCACGCCAUGGUCACCAGGAACCUGGAGGGCACCGAGUGCCAGGUGUUCAAGUCCAAGUUCAAGAACUGGGACGACGUCCUGCGCGUGGAUUACACCCGCAACGCCGAGACGGUGCUGCAGGAGGGCGGGCUGGCCGGCAAGGUCCGCAAGGACGCCGAGAAGAAGGACCAGAUGAAGGCCGACCUCACGGCGCUGUUCCUGCCCCGCCAGCCCCCCAUGCCCCUGAGCGAGGCGGAGCAGCUGAUGGAGGAGUGGAACGAGGACCUGGAUGGCAUGGAGGGCUUCGUGCUGGAGGGCAAGAAAUUCGCUCGCCUGCCCGAGGAGGAGUUCGGCCACUUCCACACCCACGACUGCUACGUCUUCCUCUGCAGGUACUGGGUGCCAGUGGAGUACGAGGAGGAGGAGGAGGAGAAGAAGAAGAAGGGAGAAGGCAAAAGGGAGGAGGAAGGUGAAGAAGAGGAGGAGGAGAAGCAGCCCGAGGAGGACUUCCAGUGCAUCGUCUACUUCUGGCAGGGCCGGGAGGCCUCCAACAUGGGCUGGCUCACCUUCACCUUCAGCCUCCAGAAGAAGUUCGAGAGUCUCUUCCCUGGCAAGCUGGAGGUCGUGCGCAUGACCCAGCAGCAGGAGAACCCCAAGUUCCUCUCACACUUCAAGAGGAGGUUUGUCAUCCACCGGGGCAAGCGGAAGGACAGGGCCAGCCCACCCCAGCCCAGCCUCUACCACAUCCGCACAAACAGGUCAGCCUUGUUUCCUAGGUGCAUCCAGAUCAACACAGACUCUGCUCUGCUCAACUCCGAGUUUUGCUUCAUCCUCAAGGUGCCCUUUGAGAGCACGGACAACCAGGGCAUUGUCUACACCUGGGUGGGCCGGGCGGCUGACCCCGAUGAGGCCAAGCUGGCUGAGGACAUCAUGAACCACAUGUUCGACGACUCCUACAGCAAGCAGGUGAUCAAUGAGGGAGAAGAGCCCGAAAACUUCUUCUGGGUGGGCAUCGGGAGCCAGAAGCCUUACGACGAAGACGCCGAAUAUAUGAAGCACUCCCGGCUCUUCAGGUGCUCCAACGAGAAGGGCUAUUUCUCCGUGUCAGAGAAGUGCUCUGAUUUCUGCCAGGAUGACCUGGCUGAUGACGACAUCAUGCUGCUGGACAAUGGGCGGGAGGUCUACAUGUGGGUGGGCACCCAGACCAGCCAGGUGGAGAUCAAGCUGAGCCUCAAGGCGUGCCAGGUCUACAUCCAGCACAUGCGCUCCAAGGACCCCACACGGCCCCGCAAGCUGCGGCUGGUGCGCAAAGGCAACGAGCCCUGGCCCUUCACCCGCUGC